GAAUUGACAGCACCACAAUGAAAACCUUUGCCAUACAAGUUCUUUUGCUAACGCUCUUCAUUGCGUUGUCGGAGGGAGGGGGGAGCAGGUCGCCAUGCGCCCAUCUGUCCCGGUCCUCGAAGGGGGGGGGGGAAAUACACGCAGUCCGUCCACAGAAACAGACGAGCUUCGGCCUGUGACGACACAGAGGCCUACCGAACACCUGACGGGAGUUGCAACAACUUGAACAACUCCCAGUGGGGGGCGGCGGGAGCCCAACUCUCUCGGCUACUCCCCUCCGUGUACGCUGACGGUAUUGGAACCCCCCGGACGCUUGCUACCAGUGGCUCCACUUUGCCUCACCCCCGGACCAUCAGUAACCAAGUUCAUUUCGAGUUAAGCUUUAUCUCCAACAAGAACUCCAUCAUGCUGAUGCAGUGGGGGCAGUUCAUUGACCACGACAUUACCGGAACUCCAGUGAUAACAGAUAACGGCGGGGAUAUUGAUUGUUGCACAUGGCCCGAUUCAGUUGAAAGCAACAUAGACUCCCCGUGUAACCCUAUCUACAUUCCGAAUGGUGAUCCGUACUUUCCCGAUGAGACGUGCAUGAACUCCGUGAGAUCCGAGGCGGCCUCGGGAACAGGCACAAGCACAACAAAUCCCAGACAACAAUACAACGAAGUGUCUGCCUUCAUCGAUGGCUCUCAAAUCUAUGGCAUCACCACUGAGGAGACUGAUGAACUCCGUGAUAAAACGUCAGGAGCUGGCUUGAUGCAAGUGAGCGAUGGGAAUCUCCUACCAAAGGGAGAUGACGACGAUUGUUUCCUGGACACUUCUGAUUCAAGCAACUUCUGUUUUAAAGCAGGUGACUCCCGAGUGAAUGUGUUCCCGGGCCUGUCGCUGCUGCACACCCUGUUCUUGAGAGAGCACAAUCGUGUUGCGGGGGUUCUGAAGACGGUCCAACCUCUUUGGGAUGAUGAAACACUCUUCCAGGAGGCUAGAAAAAUCGUUAUCGCUGAAUUACAGGUUAUCACAUUCGGGGAAUGGUUACCUGAUAUCCUUGGCCAGGAUGGCAUGUCAACUUACGACCUCGGUUUCGACAACUACAACUAUGACGAUACCCUUGACCCGACUCUUAGCAACGUCUUCUCGACAGCCGGUUUCAGAUUUGGGCACUCGAUGGUUCCAGAAAACUUUACCAUAGGUUCUGAUGUCGUAGACACCGGAGACCUCUUCAAGAGGACCAAGUACCUCAUCAACAAUCUCAAUGACGUCGUCGGUAGUUUCGUGGACGCUCCUGCAGAACGUGCCGAUGCAUGGUACGUUGAUGGAAUGAGAGACCGAAUGUUCGAGACGGAUUCGGCAGCCAAGGAUGGGUUUGACGUCGUGGCGUUGAACAUACAGAGAGGAAGAGAACAUGGUCUUCCAUCUUACAACGAAUGGAGAGAACACUGUGGUUUAUCCAAGAUCACAUCCUACGCAGAUGGGACGGACUUUGGAUUGAUUCAGGCUCAGGAUCUGGCUGAUACAUAUGAAAGCGUGGAUGAUAUUGACCUGUACAGUGGGGGUAUCGCCGAGAUUCCCAAUUUACCAGCAGCUGUAGGAAAAACAUACACAUGUCUAAUUGGUGAACAGUUCAAGAAGCUCAGGGAUGGCGACAGAUUCUGGUUCGAAUCAACAAACACAGUCACUGGAUUCACAGACUCUCAAAUCGAUCAAUUGAAGAAGGCCUCGCUGUCUAGAAUCAUCUGUGACAAUGCCGACAGCUUUGAGUCAAUCCAACCCAGUGCCUUCGUUCGUGUAGAUACAUCAACUGGCACUACGGGAGCGAACGACAUUCAACUUUGUGCCAACAUAAAGCAAGUUAACAUAACGAGGUUCUGGAAAUGAUAAAUACAAGGAAAUAAACCUAAGUGUAACCUGCUGCC